CUUUCCGCCGCUGGUCCCGCCUCGCUGCAGACCGCUGGCUGAGCGCUUUGUACUACCCGGGUUCUCCGAGCGGACCGCAGAAAUCCUGCAAGGCCCUGAUGGCAGCGAAGCCCAAGCUCCACUAUCCCAACGGAAGAGGCCGGAUGGAAUCCGUGAGAUGGGUUUUAGCGGCUGCAGGAGUGGAGUUUGAUGAAGAAUUUUUAGAAACCAAAGAACAGUUACAGAAGUUGCAGGAUGGUAACCACUUGCUGUUCCAACAAGUGCCAAUGGUUGAAAUCGACGGGAUGAAGCUGGUGCAGACCCGGAGUAUUCUUCACUACAUUGCAGAGAAGCAUCAUCUCUUUGGCAAGGACCUCAAGGAGAGAACCCUGAUUGACAUGUAUGUGGAGGGGACGCUGGAUCUGCUGGAACUGAUUAUCAUGCAUCCCUUUCUAAAACCAGACGAUCAACAAAAGGAAGUGGUUAACAUGGCCCAGAAAGCUUUCAUUCGCUAUUUCCCUGUGUUUGAAAAGGUUUUAAGGGAUCAUGGACAAAGAUUUCUUGUUGGUAAUCAGCUGAGCCUUGCAGAUGUCAUCCUACUCCAAACCAUUUUGGCACUAGAGGAGAAAAUUCCCAAUAUUCUGUCUGCAUUUCCUCACCUCCAGGAGUUUUCCGUGAAAAUAAGUAACAUCCCCACAAUUAAGAAAUUCCUUGAACCCGGCAGCAAGAAGAAGCCUCCUCCAGAUGACAUCUACGUGAGAACCGUCUACAACGUCUUCAUGCCCUAAGUCAGCCUUCGCCUGUGACUGAGAGCUACUCCCUGCAGAGCGCUGUGUCCACAUAGUGUCUUCACUGAUGCCAGCUCCAUCAUGGUGCUAUGUCUGACUGUCCCUAAAACCUCUUUUAGUACAUUUUUUUUUUUCCAGUGAAUAAUUGUUACAGGGCUUUUUUCUGAAAACCAUUUUUGGAGAGGAUGGCACUUAAAUUAGACCUGGUUACUCAUAUCCUGAUGACAAGAACAGCCAGAACCUCAUGUUCUCCCUGCACUUCUUUUCUCCUCUCAUUCUAAGCCCUAAUUUUUAAUAUCUAGUAACAACAAAAUGUCUAGUGAAUGACAGUCCUCUCACCUAUAACAAAUCCAUGGUAGUAAUGAAUGCAGUCAAUAACCAAAAUAAAGAAUUUGCAAAUCA